AUGAUUUGUAAAGUUUGUGGUGAACAUGAAUCAAAGUACAAGUGUCCGGUGUGCAUGGUGAAGUAUUGUUCUUUGGCCUGUUACCGAAACCAUCAGCAUGAAAACACCGAACGGUUGGAAACAAAAAAAGAUGAAUGGGUUCCGGCUGGUGGAGACGAUAAGUUUGCGUUGGUGUUGAAUGAUCCCGCAAUCCAGUCGAUGCUAAAGUAUAAAUCCCUACAAGUACACCUACUAUCUAUUAUCAAGAUCCUUAAAAGUGAUGAUUUUACGAAUGAAACAACCACCGAAGGUAAACGGGAAAUUGCUAAUCUAAAAUUAUGUAAUUUGAGAAUUGGUGGUAGUGAAGAAAAUGAAUUAGUGGAAGAUUUUAUAAAUGUUUUUUUAGAUUUAUAUUCAUGA